UGGGGGUCGAUGAAGAGAAUUGAAAUCAAACGGUUGAUGAAGAGGAGUGUGACGAAGGAGGAGCGUCGGUAGCGAAGAGGGUGGGGUUUUUUGCUUCUGUCGAAGAAGAGCAGAGAGUGAAAGAGAGAGAGAUAGAGAGAGGGAAGGUGGGGAGGAUGUGGUUAGACGUGCGUGGGUCAGACGUGCAUGCGUGAAUGAAUCAAUCAUCAUUCAUUUGAACCAAUCUGAACCAUCGAUAUAAGCUUAAGAAUCAUCUCAGCCGUUAAAUUGAAAUUUAUCUCUGAUACAUUUUCACACAAAUUCAAAAACUCUUCUCCCUUAUUAUAUAGAUAUAUUGGCUUGGCGGCAAACGUUUGUCAAACAGUAGUAUCAUCACUGGUAAAGUUGUGAAGGCUAGGAAUCGAAGGUUUAGGGUUUUCAACUUGAGAGCACAGACCACAUGGAGAAGAAGUCCAAUAAGAAAGAGGUGCUUUUGUUCCACUGCGUCGAGUCCCAAGACCUCGCUCUCAAAAUCGCCUCUCAAUCCGACCUAAUUCACCUUCAAUCCAUCAACUGGAGGAGUUUUGAUGAUGGAUUUCCAAACCUUUUCAUAAACAAUGCGCAAGACAUACGAGGGCAGCAUGUUGCCUUUCUAGCUUCUUUCAGCUCCCCAGCAGUCAUCUUUGAACAACUUUCUGUCAUCUUUGCACUUCCACGGCUGUUUGUUGCUUCUUUCACAUUGGUAUUACCUUUCUUUCCAACUGGUUCAUUUGAACGUAUGGAAGAGGAAGGGGAUGUGGCAACUGCAUUUACCAUGGCAAGAAUUUUAUCAAAUAUUCCCAUUUCAAGGGGCGGUCCAACAAGUCUAGUCAUCUAUGACAUACACGCAUUGCAGGAAAGAUUUUACUUUGGGGACCAUGUUUUACCUUACACCCACUUAAAAAUUAUUAACAUGACUCUGAAAAAAGGGAAUGUUUCCUUUCAGAUAGUUGUUGCGUUUCCAGAUGAUGGAGCUUGGAAGCGAUUCCACAAGCAAUUGGAUCAUUUUCCCAUGGUGGUUUGUGCAAAAGUUCGUGAAGGCGAUAAACGAAUAGUUCGGCUGAAAGAGGGUAGCCCUACUGGUUGUCAUGUUGUUAUUGUUGACGAUUUGGUUCAAUCUGGUGGUACCCUAAUUGAGUGCCAGAAAGUUUUGGCAGCUCAUGGUGCAGCGAAGGUGAGUGCUUAUGUAACCCACGGUGUAUUUCCUAAGCGUUCAUGGGAGCGGUUUGUUCACAAGAAUGAAGAUUCGGAAAAAGCCUUUGCCUACUUUUGGAUCACAGACUCGUGCCCUCUUACUGUGAAAGCCAUUGCAAAUAAGGCACCCUUUGAAGUCCUGAGCCUUGCAGGAUCCAUCGCUGAUGCUCUCCAAAUCUGAAAUAUUUUGAAUGGGUUUCAGUCCUGUGAAAAAUGAAUGUGUGCAGCCUUUACUGAGGUCAACAUUCCCUUUGCUGCGUUUUUUUAAAUCAAUUUAUCAUUCUAAUGAAGAACUGGCAUAUGCACUUGCUAUAAAAUGUAUUGUUGUUUUUGAACUUUUUGGAGUCUCCCUAAAAAGGAUGUUUUGAUGAGAUUCACCCUCUAAGCUUGACUUAAUUCCAUAAAAGUAUCCAAAUGA